AUGAGCAGCAACAACAACAACUCGCCUAAUAACACCCCUCCCCGCGACUCGAGGUCCUCCUCCAACGCAUCUUCAAACCUCGCCAUCAACACCACCAUCGUCGUACCCCCCUCAAUUGCCAUCAACCCCCCUUCUUCCGCCUCCAACACCUCUACCUCUAAUACCACUCGCACUCCACCCUCGAUCCCAACAUCCUCCAAAUCCAACAAUACCAACACAAACACCAACAACAACCCUAGAUACAAUCCCCCAGUACCCAGCAGGAUGAGCGGUACCUACUCGAGCAACAACAGUAUCUACAAACUCGGUGGAAACUCUAGUGUACACCGCCUUGCGGGGGGUACCAGGAGUGCCAACAGCUCUCCACCAAGCACCCCUCCCAACGGCUUGCGGGACUAUUAUAUCAAUGCCGCCCUCCAACGUUCAGGUCAUCAUCGUCUCCACCCUGGUUCCCUGCCCAGUUCUUCUUCUAAUAUCCAGCAGCAGCAACAUCAGACGAGGCCCAGUAUCUCGAUCCUGGUCCCUCAACCUCAGUCGCAGAAUACCCUGGUUCCCGAGGCUACCGUUGCGAGACGGUCGUAUUCGGCCGACCAUUUGACGAUCAAUGAACCCGAAAUCACCGUUACGACCCCCGGUGGAUCUAACGCGACUGAAGAGCAUGUCAUGACUCUGGAGGCGGCGCUCAAUAACCUCAUCGAGAAGGAGAGCCGAGGCAACACUGCACCAGGGACACCCGAGAAUGAGGAGGGCAGUGUCGAGUCUGAUGAGCCCAUUAUGAUGAGAGGAUCAAUCCCCGAGUCGUCUUCCAAGAGGGACAGCAUCAACAACAAGUGGAGCAAAGGAUUUUCGGCCUUCAAUAGUAACUCCAACAGCCACAGCAACAGCGGGAUCUCACUCACACCCAAGGUGCUCGCCAACCGUUUCGAGACUGAGGGAACAACUACAGCAGUACAGGAUCUGAAUGACAACAAGGAAAAGCGACUUUCGGACAAGGACAAAGAGAAGAAGAAGAAGAACCGGAUCUCGAAGCUCUUUCAUCGCGAGGGACCGUCUACACCAGCAGCUGUGCCCGAAGAUCAAUACGACAUGAGGUACAUCCGCCCAUCUGUGCAGCCGUCCAAGGCCGGAGUUCUUAGCAACCUGCUGAAGCUGCAGGGCAAGCAAACCCAUGAGAAGGCCCAUACGCACAAGGAACACAAGCCGCGCAAAGAAAAGAAGAAGCGCCCAGCACUCUACACUCGGUCGGCAAACAACUCCGCAACGGACCUCUCCAAGAGGUCUUUCCUCGGCACAUACCCGCCCUUGCCCAACAUUAACAACAACAACAACCAGGGAUCGACCACAGGAAUGGGCUCCCUCAGCAAGGCCACCAACCGAAACAGCAAUACCAACAAUGGAACCAACAACAACAACCAUCGACAGUCGUUCCAGUUCGACGGCACUAUGACCCCGUCCUUUGCGGCAGGUCAUUCGCCCAUGCACUCGCCUAUGCAGUCGCCCCUCCAGUCGCCCAACGGUUCACCCCGAGAAUCGUUCUCGUACGAAAACAACUACAACAUGUCGACCAGCAGCACCCUGCAUUCACUCUCGGCCGAGGAAAAGAUGCGCAUCACACUUGCAGUCGCGGAUAUCUUGCAGCGCCAGGAUUAUGUCCUCCGCCUUGCCCGUGCAAUGAUCAGGUAUGGAGCGCCCUCCCACAGACUCGAGGACGCUGUUGAUCAUACUGCCAGGACACUGGAGCUCAACCUGCAGUGCGUCUACAUGCCCAACGUCAUGAUCGUCGCCUUUACCGAUUACGAGACCCAUACUUCCGAGACCCACUUGCUUAAGGUCUCUGCAGGACUCGACAUGUACAAGUUCGCGCAGGUCCAUCAGAUCUUGAAGAUGGUCACCCAUUCUGCCAUGCCGGUCGAGGAGGCGAUCAUGAAGCUGGAUGCGAUCAACACCGAGAAGGAUAUCUGGCCCCGCUGGCUUGUCAUCCUCUCCUAUGCCCUGGCAUCCUUCUGUACCGCGCCCAUGUUCUUUAAAGGCAACUGGAUCGAUGCAGGAGUCUCGUUCUUAAUCGGAGGCACUGUGGGUAUGAUGGCAUGGCUCUCUGAAAAAGUCCCCAGCUAUGCGCACAUUUGCGAAAUCACCAUGUCGGUCGUUGUUGCAUUUGUCGCUGAAGCACUCCACGACCACGUCUGCAUUAGCAUGAGCUCUGUUAAAUGGGCAGGAAUUGUCAUGCUCUUGCCCGGAUACACCAUUACCUGCUCGAUUCUCGAGUUGAGCUCGCGCCACAUGAUUUCAGGAUCCGUCCGCCUCUUCUAUGCCAUCAUCUUCUCGCUCCUCCUCGGAUACGGACUGACGAUCGGUGCCUCACUCUGGCACCUCUUUGACCACUCGAGCAGCGCAGAGUCCGUCCCCGCCGUCUGUCCCGGCUCCCUGGACCCCAAAUGGAACAUCCUCUUCGUCCCCAUCUUCGCAUUCACCCUCAACAUCUGGCUCAAAGCCCACCCCCGCCAAUGGGUCCUCGCCACCAUCCUCUCCAUCCUCGGCUACAUGGUGUCCUACUCGACCUCGACCUGGGCCAACGCAGAGACAGAAGUCUCCUCGGCUCUCGCCUCCUUCGCCAUCGGACUCUGUGGAAACCUCUAUCAACGUGCUACCCACCAACUCAGCUUCCAAGCAGUCGUCUGUGCAGUCUUCUUUUUGGUUCCCGGAAGUUUGGGCCUGAAGGGCGCGAUGGCAUUGUUUACGGACGACAUGGCAGGCGGUGUGAAUUUUGCGUUGCAGAUGGUCAUUACUGCGAUCGCCAUUAGUGUCGGGUUGUUUGCUUCAGCGUUGGUGGUUUAUCCCAUGGGCAAAGCUCGUUCCGCCCAAAUGACCUUCUAA